CCAAUCCGCGUAAACGGCUGAAGCGUACGCCAGUGACGUACGUUGUGGGUGUGUCCCGCCGUCACAUGAAGAGAAACACAACACAAGAAAGAUUGAGUUGCAGGCCGAGGAAAGCUGAUCAUGUCUUCUCCAGAGAUUGCUUCCUUAUCCUGGGGCCACAUGAAGGUCAAAGGUUGCUCCUCAUCCUAUAAAGACUGUAAAGUGUGGCCGGGUGGCAGCCGUGCCUGGGACUGGCGAGAAACCGGCACAGAUCAUUAUCCAGGUGUCCAGCCAGCUGAUCUGGAAGAGGUCCUGAGGAAAGGGGUGCAGACGCUGGUCAUAGGAAGAGGGAUGAAUGAAGCUCUACAGGUGCCUCCUUCCACCCUAGAUUAUGUGAAGAAGCAGGGUGUAGACGUCAGGGUGUUCCAGACCGAGCAGGCUGUUAAAGAAUAUAACGCUCUGGCAGGACAGGGAGCUAAAGUGGGCGGGGUUUUCCACUCCACCUGCUGAUGACAUCAUUUACACAACCAGCUAAUUAAUUUAAUGCUGUGUUAAAAGUGCCUUACACUUCAAAUUAACAUUGUCGUCUUACAAGAUACUUAAUUUGCACUCUGGGCUAAUGGAGGAAAUCGUUUUCGUUCCUUUAGUGAAAACGUUAUUUGCUUUAUAAUCAUUAAAUGUCUGUUCUUUGCAUGUAGGCUGUGAAAAUACCCCAUUAUCACACGCACCAGUGAUACAAAUGAACAAAAAACAAUUUAUUUAAGAUAAAACAUAAUAAUGAAAACA